AUGACGGCGGCCAUGGAUGACCCCACGUUCGCCAGCAACCGCGCCAAGAUGGGGGAGAUCGCGCGGGAAGUCGCCAAAGCCAAGGGCAUGGGGGGCGAUGCGUCCAUAUAUGAUGUCCUUCGGGAAGCGUGUGGGGAGUACGGUCUCAACCAGGUGCUUGCCCUCGACCAGUUGCGCAAUCGCCCCUUCACCGACAACGAGAUGAAGAAGGGCGGGAUCGAGGUCUUCGAUCAGGGCAAGGACCACGGGGGGCAGGUGAAUUACGUGCACGCCUACGAGUUUUGGUGCAAGGAGACAACGCUCGCCAUGGUCGAGGCGUGGGAGUCCGAGAUGGGCGUCGGGUCUGCCCUUUGCGGGUCCGUCCGGGCCAAAGUCAACCGGCACGAGUGGGACAACGCAAACUCGUGCUCCCACGACGGCUGCUUGUGCAUCAGUGCCGAGGUCGGCAAGUGCGUGUGCGGCGAGGACCACACACAUGUCAAGAAUGCUUCUGUGGGCGGCAUGAAGUGGUCGCGGCGGGAACCAGACUGGGAACGCUGGCUGGAGCGGCGCCGGAAACGCUACGAGGGAUUUCAGCGCGGAGGGCGCGGGAGAGGUGUACUACGGACUCCACGUGAAGGUUACGGCGGACAAACUCCCAGCGACACUCAAACGCCUGGCUACCCCGGCGUCACCAGGGCGAAGGGCAAAUUUGGCCUGGACGAGGGCAGGGUGGUCCUUCGCGUCCAUAAUAGCAACAAGCCGAACGUGUGCGUCAGUGAGGGAGCCAUCCCCGUGACGACGAGAACGCCACCUUUCACGGUGCCGGCAUUCGCGAUCGGCCCCCUACGCGCGGGGAAGGUAAUCAUUCGGAACCAGAGCAACGCAAACGCGCUCAAGAAGAAGAACAAGAAGAACUGA